UGCAGGACUUUUAUUUUGACAGCUUGUUGCCGGAUGUAACGCCAUGGGCUCCAGAGCAGUACUAGAUACUUUAGUUUAGAAACACAGCAGCAGAUUGUUGGAGGUUAAGGUGGAUUGUGGUGGAUGUCCUAAUAGUUUCAGCGCUUUGGACAGAUGUUUGCUGUGGUUUAAAAUGAAGACUGGAUUCUCUGUAGGUGAAUAUGGAAGGGUGGUUAGAGUUUCCCCCGGUCUCCAGUAAAGUGGAGCAGCAGAAGAUCCAGCUCUGAUCAGCAGCUCCACACCUCUGUACUCAGACUGCUCUGCUGGAGGAACACCAAAAUAUUUGUGUAUUAACUUUUAUUAAAAUAACUGAGUGCUGUCCUGUUCUAAGUCUUCUCCUGAUCCCAGUGUCAACUGUCCUAACUUUCCUGGAGGAAGUUUAGCUACACAAACACAAUCAGAAGAUUUCCGAAAAAAAAAAGAUUUUAAGCUGCUGAACAAAGAGGAGAAUAUGGCAUCCAGAGAAAUCUCCAAUACUCAACAAACACCUUCUCCUACACCUCACACACAAAUACAGAAAAGUACAGACAAGGAGAAACCUCACCACUGCUCAGACUGUGAAAGGAGUUUUACUACAAGGAGUUAUCUCAAAUCACACCAGCGAAUUCACACUGGAGAGAAACCAUAUCACUGUUCAGACUGUGGGAUGUAUUUUACUCAAGCGUGUACUCUAAAAAAACACCAGCGUAUUCACACUGGAGAGAAACCAUAUAACUGUUCAGACUGUGGGAAGGGAUUUACUCAACUGAGUACUCUAAAAAAACACCAGCGUACUCACACUGGAGAGAAACCAUAUCAAUGUUCAGACUGUGGAAAGGGUUUUAAUGAUCAGCGUAAUUACAAAAAUCACCAGCGCGUUCACACUGGAGAGAAACCGUAUCACUGCCCAGUCUGUGGGAAGAGUUUUAGUCAGCAGAAUACUCUUCUGCGACACCAGCGCAUUCACACUGGAGAAAAACCUUAUUACUGCUCAGACUGUGGGAUGAAUUUUAGUCAGCAGGGAAAUCUCAAAAGACACCAACUCAUUCACACUGGAGAGAAACCGUAUCAUUGCUCAGACUGUGGAAAAAGUUUUAAUAAUGAGAGUAAUUUCAAAACACACCAGCUCAUUCACACUGGAGAGAAACCGUUCAAAUGCUCAGACUGUGGGAAGAGUUUUAUUUAUAACUGGAGUCUCCAAACACAUCAGCGCAUUCACACAGGUGGUAAACCAUUUCACUGCUCAGACUGUGGUUGGAGUUUUAAUAAACAGAAUGAUCUGAAAAAACACCAGCGCAUUCACACUGGAGAAAAACCAUAUUACUGUUCGGGCUGUUCAGUGAGCUUCAGGUAUUUACAGUCAUUCAAAAAACACAAGUGCAUAAAGAGCAGUCAUGGGAAUGGGCAGUGAUGCACCUAAAACCAUUCCAGAUCCCAACCCAGAUCUAUUGGUAAUGUGCAUAGAGUGAAAACUGUUGCUUAAACAGGUUCUGAACCAUAUUCAUAAAGCAAUUUAUAUAUGUUAUGUUUACUAAUUGUUAUGCCCAGCUUACGGCCCAUAGACCAAAUGUAUUCUUCCAAGCCAACUCCUUGGAAGUAGAUAAGAUCCAGUCUGUUGAUAAUAACUGGCUGUUUAUUUCUUAUUUUACUCAAAUCAUGGCAACAUUAUUGUCAUAUAUUGUGUUUUAUAUCAAUGAGAGUACCUUUUAAAUCCAGCUCAGGGCAAGCUUUUACCAGUAGCUGAUUUUAAAUGGCUUAAGUUAGAUGGAUGAGCUUGUUGAUUAAAUCUGGUCUUCCAGAUGAGAACAUAACUAUUGUUAUGUGUAUCUUUUAAUUUAGGUUCCCAGAGUCCCUGACUACAUCAGGGAGACAAGCCUUAAUCUUUCGUGCAAGCUAUACUUUCUGUUGAAAAGUAAAAGAAAUACUUAUUGAUUAAUCGGAUAUUGUUAAAGAAUCUGAGAAGUAAAUCUAAUACUGCUGCCUUCUAAAAAACAAUUUUUUUGUUUUGGCUCAGUACUGAAACUACACUCAUAGUAAUUUGUUUUAAUGUGUUGAAGUUCAUAUAUGUGUUGUAUUUCAUGUCAUUUUUAUCAAACUUGCAAUAAACUAUUAAGAGGUGAA